AUGUGUUUGAUAUCUGCAGUUCUAAGCAUUUUAGUACAUUCACAUUGGGUUUUGCCGCAGACAUGCUAUUGUAUCCUUGUUUUUGGUGCCAUUAAAUUCUUCAAGAAGUUGGACAUUGGAUUUCUAGAUAUUGGGGAUUAUCUCGCAAUUGGAGCAAUAUUUGCUGCCACAGACUCCGUCUGCACGUUGCAGGUCCUACAUCAGGAUGAGACACCCCUCCUUUACAGUCUUGUAUUUGGAGAAGGAGUUGUAAAUGAUGCUACAUCGGUGGUGCUUUUCAAUGCUAUUCAGAACUUUGACCUUUCGAGUGUGAAUUCCAGUAUUGCCCUUCAUUUCAUUGGCAACUUCUUAUAUCUGUUCCUUGCUAGCACUUUACUGGGAGCAGCAACUGGUCUUCUUAGUGCUUACAUUAUCAAGAAGCUGUAUUUUGGCAGGCACUCCACAGAUCGCGAGGUUGCACUUAUGAUGCUCAUGGCUUACUUAUCAUACAUGUUGGCUGAACUAUUCUAUUUGAGUGGGAUUCUCACUGUAUUUUUCUGUGGUAUUGUAAUGUCCCAUUACACUUGGCACAAUGUGACUGAGAGUUCAAGAGUCACUACAAGGCACGCUUUUGCAACUUUGUCAUUUCUUGCUGAGACUUUCCUCUUCCUCUAUGUCGGUAUGGAUGCCUUGGAUAUCGAGAAGUGGAAAUUUGUUAGUGAUCGUCCUGGAUUAUCUGUUGCAGUAAGUUCGAUACUGAUGGGACUAAUCUUGCUGGGGAGAGCUGCCUUUGUUUUUCCAUUAUCAUUCUUAUCCAACUUGAUGAAGAAAUCCUCAGAGGAAAAAAUAACCUUUAGGCAGCAAGUGAUAAUAUGGUGGGCUGGUUUGAUGAGAGGUGCAGUGUCCAUGGCUCUGGCAUAUAAUAAGUUCACUCGUUUGGGACACACUCAAUUGCAAGACAACGCAAUAAUGAUUACCAGCACCAUUACCAUUGUUCUUUUCAGCACAGUGGUAUUUGGUUUAAUGACAAAACCUCUUAUAAGUCUCCUGCUGCCACCACAGAGGCAGUUAAGUACAGUGUCAUCAGAUGCAAAUAGUCCAAAGUCUUUUACAGCGCCACUUCUAGGCAGUCAAGAGGGUUCUGAAGUCGAUUUAAAUGGUCAAGAACUUCCUCACCCACCCAGUUUAAGGAUGCUACUUUCCGCGCCAACUCAUAAGGUGCAUAGAUACUGGCGCAAGUUUGAUGAUUCAUUCAUGCGCCCGGUGUUUGGUGGUCGGGGGUUUACUCCUGUUGCCCCUGGUUCUCCAACGGAACAGGAACCAUGAUAUGAUGUGCACAAGGGAAAUUAAAUUUUAAGUUAAAAGUGUGGGCCAAGGGAUUUCCGAUGGAUCCUGUCCAGAUUGCUGACAGCAUUAUGAGCUUCAACCAGGUCCUAUGCGUUUGGUACUGCUGUUGCUUACACUGCUUUAGCAAAUUCUAUACGCAUCAAAGUCCGCUCUUUUAGGGUUGGAGGGUUAGCAAAGGUGAAAUUCUAGCUGACCACGGUGAGCAUGUUUGUAAUUUAAUCUUGAAAAUGCUUUGGUAGAUAGUGAUAUGUUUGUUCAAGCGUGUUGUAAAUUUUGAAUGCUGAUAUAUUUACUGUCUGUUCUUCCUUGUGUAUAGAUUUCUGGUGUUUCAUGGUGGUAUUACAUUCCAAAUUUGUAAACAUUUUAUGAACUUAAAAAAGAAAUAAUUGUCGGAAA